AUGAGUACAACAGAGCGAGCACAGAGUGAUCUUAAGAAACUCAAGUCCAAAUAUAAUUCACAAUUGUCAACUUUAAAAGAGCUAUUUACAGAAUGGACAGAUGAUGAUCUUUUAUUUACACUUCAAGAUGCUGACGGGGAUUUGGAAUUAGCCAUUGAUCGAAUCAGUGAAGGCCAUGCUAACCAAUGGGGCGAGGUCAAAACCAAGAAAUCGAAAAAAGAAGCUGCUGCUGCCAACAAGGCAAUUCUAGAAACACCUGUAUCAAGCGCAGUAUCAUCAACUACUACAUAUCCUUCCUAUAGCAGUACUACCAGUAGACAAAGCAAACCCUUGAAGCCUCGCUCCUCUGCAGCAGCAACAUCAACGGCAGCAGCAACAUUUUCUUCCUCAAGUCGAUCUGCGCAUCAUCCAAAGCCUCAUGCUGUAGCCUGGCAAUCGAGUAAAAAGGCAGAUUUUGAUGGUUGGAAUACACCACAACAAAAGACAGAUGAUGGAAACAGUUGGAAUACUGUGGAAAACAGUACCCCUAAAAAGAUAUCUUCCACCCCCUCUUCGUCUACUAAAACAAGCAAUGUUCAUAGAGGUGGUGGUGCAAAAACAUGGGCUAGUUUAUUACAAUCGAAAGCAGAGCCUGAGCCUGUCAAGAAGCCAGCGACAAACGAUCUAUAUGAUGCGUCCGAAAAGGAAUUACCACCACUCCAGAAGGUAGACGACGCUUGGUUGAGUGGGCCAACGCCCGCCAAUGAUAGCCUAAAUCAAUGGGAUCAACCCAUUCAAGAAUCUAUCAAAUCCUCAUUAUCGCCAUCUUCCCCACCACCAGCAACUACCUCCAUUUCUUCUACCACCGCCGCUACAACCACAACAACACAACCACAAAUCAAAAAGGCGCUCGAUGAUGGUAUUUCAAUUGAUUUUAACUCUUUAAGCCUGAAAGAGAAAGAGAAUGUUCCCGAAGUUUCCAAUCAUCCUAGUGUCGCAGAUUUAUUGAACUCUGUGAAACAGCAAGACCAAACGCCCACGAGCCAACCUGCCCAACAGCAAGCUGCAGAACACCAACCACAACAACAUCAGCACCAACAACAGCAGCCAUACCAACAGCAGCAACAACCUACUGAACAACAGCUGUACCACCAAAUGUAUCAACAACAACAACAACAUCAGCAAUAUCAGCAAUUUGGUAUGCAUGGCUAUGGCAACGCAUUCAACGCUGGCUACGGUAUCUAUGGUAACAGCACAAAUAGUAAUGCUGCUGCUGACAGCUUAUUUCAGCCUUCUUCGGGAUUAUUCAAUAAUCAUCAACAACAUCAUGAAAACGACUCCAAUGUAAAUAAUUCUACAAAAACCACAGGCGCUUCUACUACGAGCACGACCGCCUCUAACGGCGGUAUUCCUGCUGUCAAUGAUAUGUAUUCACAGCAGCCACAAUACAACAACAUGCAAUCGUUUUAUCCUUACUACUACAUGCAAAACCAAUUUAAUGCCUACCCUUCCUACGGUCAACCCUCCCUUAAUCAUAGAUACGAUCAACCUGGGGUUGGUAAUCUUGCCAACAGUAUGGCAUCACCCUAUGGAGGCGCAUCUUCUGCUUACUCGAGUCAACUGUACGGAGGCUUUGAUGAUUUUGGAUUAGGCAGUGCCACACAUCAGAACACAACCACUACUUCACCUGACGCUAACAAAAAGACUGCGCCAUCUACGACUGCUUCUGCCACCUCAAGUAUUCAGCAACCUUAUGCCAACUACUUUAACGGACAAUCGCCCAUGUUUUCAUCUUAUGGACAGCAAAAUCGAAACAGUGGAAACCAACAAUAUUGGAAUCAAUAA